AUGCCCCGGUCUGUGUUAUACGCUGAGAAGCGCGAUCAAGUACCUACACUGCACAAGCGAAGACAGAGCUACGACACUUCCGCUCUGACACCGUCCGAAACAGUCCAGUUCCGGCGUAUCUUCGAGCUCCUCGAGCAAGAAAUGGGCGCGCCUUUUAGCAGCAAGCCGCAUGAGGCGGACUUGGGGGCCUUUAGACGACGGAAUGCUCUGGAGCCUCGGCGCGCCGUGGCACGUGGUGGUGGGGUCGGUACACGUUUCCAAGUGAGCCAGGAAGGCCUGGCGGCCCAUAUACCCGCUGACCAGCUCGAUCGCGGUGUCGAUCAGAUCUGGGAGGCUCUCCAGGCACAGGCCUGCGCCGUGAAUACAUGGGCGUGGGCGGAGACACACAUAUGGGGCCCACCAGAGGUGGCGGAAUAUGGAGCCCAUACGGCCUUCUAUGCUCCUGCAUUGCACAUGCUGCUCCUGGCUCUGCGUGACCGAUUCCUGGCACCACAUACAGCCCUGGCAGUGCUCCCCGCUAUCAAGAAGCGGGGCGCCCACUCAUUUGUACUUGGAUGUACUGCGUCCCUGCUCGCCGAGGUGAUCCGCACCCAGUGGGUGUGUCUUCGCGAUGCACACGCCGUCCUGGACACGGCGCGCGAGGCGCGCGCGAGUGGCAUCCUCGUGCCGUAUGCGUCGGAGCAUUCAGAGGACGCACCGCUGCGCGAGCAGAUGGAGCGCGUCCGCUCAGAGAUCCGCGGCCAGGUGAUGCAUGUAGCGCAAGAGCGGGCUGCUACCAGCGGGCAGCGUUGGGAUGAGCUGCCGCUGACUGCCGACGAGCAGGACCUCCUCGCUGUGGCGAGUGAACUACGUGCUAUGGCUGGACGCACGUCUAAGUAUGACCGCCAGCCCCGUGCUCGUUCGCCGCGGCACCGCCGUGCCAGGCCCCCUGCCCAAAAGGCAGGUCGUGAGAAGGACCUGCUCAUUUACCCACAAAACCCGUACUCGUUGCUGCGCACGCGCGUGCGGUCGCAUCCCACAGAAGCAUAA